AUGGCUCGUGAAAGUUCAGUAGAUCCUACAACUAUUCUUAGAAGUAAAUUAGCUAAGAGUAUAUGGUUUCAUAAGACUACAAGAGAAAUUUGGAAGGAUUUAGAGGAUCGUUUUGGACAAACCUCUGCAACACAGUUGUAUUCCUUACAACAGGAACUCAUAGACAUGAAGCAAGUCACUCAGAAAAUGCUUAAGAAUCAACAAGAUCAAACAUUGAUUAUGAUUUUUAUGAAACUAGAUGAUAAAUUGUCCAUGGUAAGGACACACGUCUUAUUGAUGCAACCACUUCCUACUAUUGGUGUUGCUCACAGGCUUUGUAUGCAAGAAGAAAGGCCUAAGGAAGUAAGUCAAAUUGCUGCAGGAAGUGGAAUUGAAUCAAUGGCCUUUGCUGUAGACAGGAAGAGAUUCUAUGAUAGGCAUACAGACAAAGGUUACAGACAAAACACUGAUAAUGCUCGGAAUACUAGGAAUGCAUAUCAGAAUUUUAGUGGAAAGAAAGCAAGAGAUGCCAAUCUUGCUAUGACUGAUUCAGAAGAAAAUGAUGAGAAUGCUUUAAUGGAAAAUCAGAUACAUAACACUAAUGGUAAGGGGCAAAUUAGUGUUAAUCAGUACAAAUAUUUUAGUAGACAAUGGGUGAUAGAUAGUGGUGCUACAGACCAUAUAUGUCAUGAUUUGAGGAUAUUUGAGUCUUAUGAGUUGAUGAAUGACAUAGACAAUACUAUAACCAUUCCAGAUGGAAAAAGGGUCAAGGUUAUACAUAUAGGAACUGGUCAACAUCUGAACCAGACACUAGUUCUUGGUAAACUGAGAGAUGGCCUUUAUUGUACAGAAGUUCAACAAAGUAAUAGUGUCGUGGGAAAACUUGAAGAAGUUUUUAAUAAGCAUGCUGCAAAUGUGACUUCUUGUAAUUCCAGUUUGAAGAAUAAAGACAAGGAGGAAACUAAGCUUUGGCAUUUGAGAUUUGGAUUUGUCUACUACCAAAAGUGUUUAAUUACCUCUAAAGCUGCUUUAACAGAACCUGAGUCAUAUAAGGUUGCUUCUCAGAAUCAGAACUGA